GUAGUCGAAGUUACAAGUUCGAUAAAUAAAGUAUUCGCGCGUAAAAGACUAUCAGUAGUUUGUGCCGUGAGUAAAAAUAUCAAGUAAUUCAAGUUUAAAAAGUAUUUUAAGUAGUAUUGGAAUUUAUAUUUAAAUCUCAAGAUGGAGCCGCAAAUUUUCUUUUCCAAGUGUUCUAUCAGAGGAGUUGGCUCUUCUCAGUCUGGGCUAUGCCGGCAGUGGAGUCAGAGGACUCUAGAAGUGGAUCUUCUAGUGAGAGUGAAGAUGGGGGAGGUCAAAGUCCCGUUGCAAAUCGGCGCAGUCACAGCAGCUCAAAAUCACGAUCUAGGUCUAGAUCUAGAUCGCAAAGUGGCAGCAGAAGUCAAUCUAGAAGUGGUCCAAGGAGUCCCGCUAGUGGCCCUAGAAGCCCGGCAGGAAGUGGGCCAAGAAGCCCUGAUAGUCACAGGUCAAAAAGUCAAUCUAGAUCGAGAUCGGGCAGUCGAGGUUCACCAGUUGCAAAUGGGCCCAAAUCGCCCAGCCCUGCAAGGAGUCGAAGAUCUAAUUCAGGCUUUUCUUCUGAUGGUUCUCCACAAAGGAGGCCACAAACACCCACAUCCCAAGGCGUGGAAAGGCGAAGCCCUGAUAAUCUGCCAGAACCUAGUUCUCCUGUGAGUUCAAGAGGAAACUCUCCCGCUGUUGCUGAGAAUUACAACAGUAGAUCUAGGAGUCCAAGAAGAAGAUCCAAUUCCAAGGGCUCGGACAGUGACAGGUCUAGUUCGAGGGGUUCCCGCAAGUCCAGAAGCCGUUCAAGUUCAAGCUCGCGAUCGGGAUCUGAACCUAGAAGACGUUCCCGCAGUGGCAACAAUUCGGAUUCUAGCAUUAGCAGUGUAGAUUCAUCGUCUAGGAAGAAUAAAGAUAUUGUUAGGGGGCCGGAUGUGAAACCGGAAGACAUUUCCGAUGGCGACAUGGAGUCUGACACUGAAAAAAAAACUGUCGGUAAAUCGCAAGGGGAGAAGCAAGAGAUCAACAUUUCCCAUGAAGAUCUGUCUGACGUGUCCGACCUUGAGGACUCUUUGGGGGCCCAUUCGGACGAUAAAAAGGAAAGCGAGAACAAGAGCAACGAAGAGGUAAAAAAGGAUUUGAAUGGGGAUGAAAAUCAGAAAAGAGUGGAAAAACCAAAGAACCACGAUGCUUCGUUGAGCGGCAACAGGCCAGACGAGGUGGAAGAACAAUUGGACUUCGAAGCGGAAGAUGGAGAAUGUGAAGAGGUCAAGUCUAAAGACGGAGAUUCUAAAGAAGACAAAGAUAAAGAGGACGGAGAAGAAAAUGACGAGGAAGAAAAAAAGGAGGAAAAGGAGCUGGAAGAAGGAGAAGUUACGGAUGAAGAUGAUGCCAGACCAGAAGAAACAGAACCCAGACCGGUAUGCAGGUUUUUUUCGAGAGGUGCUUGCACUUGGGGUGCCAGCUGCAGGUUUUUGCAUCCGGGUGUAACGGAUAAAGGUAAUUAUACAAUGUUUGACAUGGUCAGACCGAUGUUACCGGGGGAGUUUGGUAUGGGCCGGAUGAUGGACGAACGGAUGUACAAACCGGAACCGCCGAUGGUCGAAUCGGCAUGGGAAAGAGGAUUACGUACUGCAAAAGAAAUGCUAAAGAAAUCGAUGAGGCGCAAGGAGCAAGACAUUGACUUCGAAGAGAAAAAAAUGAACCUCAGCAUUGCCCAGGAAGAGUUUGAUAAGGAAAAUGGUUAUUAUGGCAGGAUUCCGUCUCCGGAGCCAAGGUAUGUCCGCGUUCCGGAAUACCGUCCACCUCCGGAAGAAUACUACGGACGCAGACAGAUAGUUUACGAACAAGAAUACCCGCCACCAAGAAGAGAACACCCCCGGGGCUACCCGCCGCACCACCGAGAAAUGCAUGCACCACGCGGCCCUCCAGUCGAUUACUACCCGAACAAAUACGAGGAAGAAAUUCCGCCGCCGAGGUCGCACGAACGACCGGAACGAAGCGACAGGGGGGAACGAGAAAGACCGGAACGGGGCGACAGGGGUGACCGAGGCGAAAGGGAACGACGGAAGGGCAAAAGGGAAGUAAUAGGUAAGAAUUUACAAAGGUCGGAAAAGGAGGACAGACCGACGAGGGGAGACGAGUGGCAGGAUCCUUGGAUGAGAUCGAAGUCGCCCGGCAGGAGAAAGGAGAGGAAGAGGUCUUACAGUUCGGGAUCUAGUUCGUAUUCUAGCAGUUCAUCAAGAAGCUCUUCAAACAGUAGCAAGAGUUCCUACCGUUCGAGGUCGCAUUCAAACUACAGAGAACAGAGGGCGCGUUCCCGAUCGAAGCACAAACCUGCCGGUAGAAAUGUGUCGCCGUCCGUUAUCGUGUCCGAGAGGAAGGCGGCCAAUGAACGGGCGGCCUUGAUGAACCCGCCGGCACCGAAACGUCGCGCCCCCUCGCCCGGUAUGAUGCGCGUCAGUAGCGCCGCAAAUCCGCCGGCUCCCUCUAGAGAGGAUCCAGUGAAACGCGCACACAACAAAUUCCCACUCGCGGCCGCACUGGCACGAGUAAAGGGGCGAGCGCGUCGCUCCUCUCGCAGCAGUUCCGGAUCGAGUUCGGGCAGCUCGAGCGACUCCGAUUCGAGCGAGUCGAGCAGCUCGUCCAGUCGCAGCAACUCGCCACCCGCGAAAGAUAAUCGCAAAGCUUCUGAAUUUGCUAAAGCUAUAGAUGCCAUAAAAGGUAGCGGCGGUGCGGAAAAAACCAAAAUAAAACUGAACCUGAAAAAUCCGCCCGGCGGACGAAAGACUGAGGACAGACAAAAGGAGACGAAGAAGAGACCGGCCAGUUCACCUUCGGCAUCCGAAAGUAAAGCGAAAAAAGCGACAUCUAGGAGGGAGGAGUUACUGAAGCAACUCAAAGCGGUCGAGGACGCCAUCGCGAAGAAACGCUCCAAAGUGUGAGCCAAAUAAGUGUCGAUCCCAGUGACUCGAACAGUGAUAAUGUAUUUUUAUCGCAACAAGAAGAUGGAUAAAAUUUUUGUUGUAUAAAUUACUUCAUCUGGCUAUUAUGAAACGCGUAAUUAAUACCAAGUUUAUAUAGUGGGAUUCUGAGAUACAACACUUUAUCAUUAUUGUUUGUCUGUAUAGAUAGGAUUUGUAGUUAGUUGCUGACCUCUUUGGGUGACGUUUCGAGUAAUUUAAGAUCCUAAACAUUUAUUUUAGCAUACCUUGUAAUUGGAACAUUAUAUUGAAUAAUUUACGGCAUUGA